GCAAGCUGCUGUCAGUCAACAACAGUAGGGGCGAUGUCUUCUUUUUUACUGUAAAUAAUGUGAUCAGUUGAGCAGGUGUAUGCAUUGCAGACAGAUAACUUUUCCCAUCAUAAAAGCAAGACGGGAGCUUUGGGUACCCCGCGUGACAACAUAGGCCAGCAUUCAGUUGCAGAAUGGCCAACUUCAAAGGACAUGCAUUACCUGGUACAUUCUUCUUGCUAUUUGGCCUGUGGUGGUCGUUAAAGUGCCCUUUAAAACAGAUAUGGAAGAGAAGAGAAAGACAACAUGGAGACAGACAGAACCAGAAGCUGACUCUACAUUUAAACAGAAUAAACUUAAUUGAAGGGGCUCUGAAGAUCUUCUUUGCAUUUGUUGGGAUCAUGGCAGAGCAGUUUGUGCCUGACGGCCCUCAUGCCCAUCUGUAUAAGGAUGGCUGGGUGAAACUGAUGAAUUGGCAGCACAGCACCAUGUACUUGUUCUUUGGCAUCUCUGGCAUCGUAGAUGUUCUAACCAUGUCCUCUCUUCCUGUCCCUGUUGGUCUUGACCGUCUCUCUCUUUCCUUGGCUCUCUUUGUGGAAGGGUUCCUUUUCUAUUUCCAUGUGCACAAUCGCCCCCCUCUGGACCAGCACAUUCACACUCUGCUUCUGGUUGCGGUGUUUGGUGGUUCAGCUAGCACAAUGAUUGAGGUGUUUAUGCGAGAUAACACAGCGUUAGAGUUUUUCCGGUGCAGUUUAGCCAUCCUACAAGGCACAUGGUUCUAUCAGAUUGGGUUUGUGCUGUAUCCUCUGAGUGGACCAGAGUGGAAUCUGGAGGAACAUGGCAACAUCAUGUUUGUCACCAUGUGCUUCUGCUGGCAUUAUGCUGUUGCUCUUUUGCUUGUGGGCAUUUGCUACAGUAUGGUUUUCUGGUUUUCUAAAUGGUGUGUAGGGAGGCAGAUCGGUGACAUGGAGUUGGGCCUCAGGAAGACCACUCUUUCUGACUCCAGCUCCAAGAAGGCUUUGCUCCAGGAAUCAGAUGAAGAGUAGAUGGAGCCUUGAGCUUAGGCUGUAAAUGAUUUAAUGCACUGAAUGCAAAUGCAGAGUUUUAAGCUUUGCUCUGCUAACAAGCGGCCUUCCAAUAGGACUGAAUUCAUAUGCAUGAUUUAACACAAUGAUUCAGCAUCUAUUCAAACAAUCUUUUCCUCAAUUUAAUGAUGAAAAAUGGAAUUGUAAAUAAAGUGGUUAUCGCAGGUGCUGUGGCACCUUUCUCUUAAAACAGAUGCAUGCACUUUUGACAAGCCAGCCACGUGUCUGACCUAAAUAGAGGUAAAGAAAAGAUCAAGAUAUUCCUCUAGAAUUUAUGCAUGAAUGUUAUUCACUUCAAAAUACUAGCAUAGAUAUAUUUUAACGGAAUGGAAAUUAGGAAACUACAAGGAUAUUAUGUUCUUGUCACUGCAUUAGGAAACAUGGCUCUAGCAUGUAAAUGAGGUAACGCAUGCAAAUGAUUAGAUCUACAUAUAUGAUGUCCAGGGUAAAGCCCUAUACGGCAUGAAGCAUCUUGUGACUUAUCAAAACAUAUUCAAAUUAAAAAUAACAAAAUCAGUUGAGUAAAUGUAACAGUUGCUUCUCAAGAUUUAUAUUUAUUAGCACAAUUCAAACAGUGGCAACUGUAUAUUAACAGUAUUUAUUAACUUACAUUUCUUUAAGAGAAUAUAAGAUACAGCACAAAUAAAAAACUUCUUUCUCUGUGCACAUGUCAAUAUUUUCUAGACAAAGGCCAUUCACCAUAACAAGCUCAUAGGUUUCUGCUCUUAUACAUGUCAUGCACUAUUGUUCACUAUCUGGGAUGUGACAUCUCUUGUGAUCUUACGUCCAUGUUCACAAAAUGCUCUAUAUCAACAAAUCAACUUGUUUUAAACUUGCAGUGAUCAGCAUAUUACCGAAAUAUUUGGAAGAGUGUCAGGUCAAAACCAGUGCUUGGUUGGAAUCUGACACCGUUUUGCCCAUAUGCUACUUCGUGGGAAAGUGGAAAGAACUAGAGCAAGACCUUUCAGAGCAAAAUGUAGUACAGAUGCUCUCUGCACUUUGCUUUUUUGCACUUUGAGUCUCUCAUGAUGCUUUCUCCAUCAGAAGAGAAGUGACUUGAGCUAUUGCCUUUAAGGGAUAGUUCACCCAGUAAUGAAAAUUCUGCCAUACUUAUUGUUCAAAACCCAUAUG